AUGAUAUGGUAUGAACCCCUGCUGCAGAUUAAUAUUGCAAACAGGUACUUUCAGUAUGAAAAAUUGGACCUUCAAUUAGCUAUGCAAUAUAUCAAUAAUUGUAAAGUAGCUCUCAAUGUUCUUAGAAAUAAUUUUGACAGUUUGUUACUUCAAGCUCAGAGAAUUACAGCUAGCUGUGAAAUUGAUACUGAGCUGCCUCAACCUCAAAUGAGAAAAAAAAAACAAUCUCUCUAUGAAUUAGCUGAACAAACACAGUUUACACAAUUGGAAAAUUUACAGAUUAACUUCUUCAAUGAGACAAUAGAAGUAGCCAUACAUGGGUUGGAUGAACGAUUCACUAAACAGAAUCAUUUGUGUGGAACAUUUGGAUUCCUUUUUAAUAUUAAAAGUGUUGAUAAAGAAGGGUUAAGGACUAGUUGUGAAGAAUUGAAAACAAAACUGGAUAGAAAGAGGAGAAGUGAUAAAAAAAGUUGUGGUUAG